ACAUACUCCAGGGCCACUCUUACAAAAAUAAUUAGACCUCAAAAACAAAAGGGAAUUUCUGGCCAAAGACAUAACGCUACGCGAAAGAUCCUUCCACGUCGACAAACGCAGAGAGACGCACGCAGAUACAGCUCCAGGAAGAUAGAGAGAGGGAGGGAGAGCUCUCUCCGUAGCUCGAAUCUUUACAUGGCGGCCGCAGCUCGAGCUUUUGUUCUCUUUCGCGUCACUGACUGGUCAUCCAAAACUCACCCACCACCCCCUUCUGCAACUCCCUUUUUCCGUCACGGCCUCUUUACGCGGCUUCCUCCUUCCGUUUCGUCUGCAGCCGCCGUCACUGUGAGCUGCCUCAGCAGCGGCGGAGGAGUUUCUGACGAUUUCGUAUCAACGCAGAAGUCUAGCUUUGACCGUGGUUUCUCGGUAAUCGCAAACAUGCUUAAACGAAUCGAGCCUCUCGAUAACUCCGUUAUCUCUAAGGGAGUUUCUGAUUCGGCUAAGGAUUCCAUGAAGCAAACUAUAUCCACAAUGCUAGGGUUGCUUCCAUCCGACCAAUUCUCUGUUACAAUUAGGCUUUCAAAACAUCCUCUCAAUCGCCUUCUCAUCUCUGCUAUCAUAACAGGAUACACGCUGUGGAAUGCUGAGUACAGAAUAUCUUUAACGAGGAAUUUGGAUAUAUGUGUGGAAAAUUUGGAGAAAUUGAAUUCUUCAAAACAGAACGAGCAAUCAAUAGAGCAAAGUGAAGAGAACGUGAGUGGAGGAGGUGAGAUUGGUAUUCAAGAUUUAGAGAUUAGUCCUCAGGUUUUUGGGGAUUUGUCGCCGGAGGCUUUAAAUUAUAUUCAGAAGUUGCAAUCAAAGUUAUCUAAUAUGGAGCAGGAAUUGAAUGCCCAGAAGAAGGAAACUAUGCAAAUAGAAUGUAACAGAGGAAGUAGGAAUGAUUUGUUAGAGUAUUUGCGUUCUUUGGAUUCUGAAAUGGUGUCAGAAUUAUCUCGACCAUCAUCUGUAGAGGUGGAGGAUAUCAUUCACCAGCUUGUUCAGAGCAUAGUAAGAAGAUUCUUCAAAGAUGAUCCUACCUCCAAUUUCAUAGGGCAUUCAGCCAUAGGAAGUACAGAAGAUCACAAAGACAGUGCUGAUGAAUUUUGUGACACCAUGGGAACUUCUCGUGAUUACCUAGCAAAGCUGCUUUUCUGGUGUAUGUUACUAGGUCAUCAUUUAAGAGGCUUGGAGAACAGGUUGCACAUAAGUUGUGUUGUGGGAUUGUUGUAAAGAAAAGGAGGCAUGUACAUUCUUUUCUUUUUGUUUAAUUAUGUACCUUUUUUUUUUCAAAUAUAAACCAUUUAUAGUUGCAUUUUUUUUUCCCA